AUGAACAAUUUCGAAGCCCUGGAACCGGCAAAUGGACGCCAAGAGCAAGGACCAGAGAACCCAGAACCACUCGAUCAACACGAAGAAGAGCCAGAUGCGCAGCCAAUAAUCCCCGCUGCUUCUGCCGCUGUCCCAGUGUUGAAUGGGGUACCACAAUCAGAUGAUAGCGAUUCUGACUUCGAUGUUCUGGACGAUGAGCCAAUUGAGGAUGUUGCCGAAGACAAUGGAAUGGAGGACGCAGUGGAGGAAGACGAAAGAGCAAAUGCUCCGGAAAACGACGAAAUCAAUAAUGUUCCAGAAGAAAAUCAGAUGAAUGAGGAGCCAGAAAACGGUGCUGCUCCAGAAAACAAUGACAUGAAUGACUUUCUGGAAAACGAGGAUGCUCCAGAAAACAAUGAAAUGGAUGAUGAUCCACAAAAUGAUAAUGAUCCAGAAGCCAUUGAAAACGAGAGAGAUCCCAAUGUGCAAAAAAAGAAAACUGGAAGAGCAAGAAAAUCUGUUAGAAAAGGGAAUAAUUGUUGGAUGACAACCCGUGGAAACAGAAAUCGCAAAAACAAUUGUCUUCAAUGGAGCUUGAAGCCUGCAGAAGUAACUGAAAAGAUGGUUUUCCUGAAGAAGCUUCAAGAUCUUCGGCUUCACAGGACCAGCACAGGGGAGAUGAUGUACAAACCGGGCUGCAAAGAGUUUUUGGAGAUUUUUUCUCAACACGAGCAUCUGUUUCGUAAUAACAAAAUCACAAUUAAAGUCUGGAACGAUUCGAAGGAAUAUAAUAAAAAGCUGGGAACUUUCAAUGUACCACAUCUUUUCAAGACCAGCAAGGACUUGAGACUCAGAGCUCCAGAUAUAAAUUUUCAAAACGUCGAAGAAUUUCUCUGGGAAAGUGACGACGUCCUUGUCAUCAAUAGCAUGACAAGAGAAACUACAACGAUGUCAAUGAAGAAGUUCCUGGAUGCUUUCAAUGGAGUCAGAGGUGACCAGGCUCUCAAUAUGCUGUCCCUGGAAGUUUCGAAAUUAGAAACAAUUAACAAAGAGCUCGAAGAAGUCGAAUAUGUGAAAAAUGUUUCAAUGGUUUCGAAACUGGAACGAGCUCUUGCCGCAAGAAAGGACAAGCUUAUGAGACAUCGGAGUGAUGAUAAUGCCGCGAGAGAACUUCUAUUGGUGAAGAAGAUGAUGAAAGAGAUGCCACGUUAUACCAAGUUCGUCUUGGUUUCAAUGGAAAAAUCGUUCACCGACACUCAUGUGGACAUGAGCGCCUCAAGCGUGUUUUACCAUGUGGAUGAUGGUCGAAAAAUUUUUUAUGUGGCACCUCCUACUGAAGCAAACCUAAAGAUGUACAAAGAAGUUGAAUUGGGAAAGAAGGACGUUUGGCUACUGGAAGAAUUUUGGGACCAGUGGCAAAGAAUUGAAAUAAAAAAAGGGCAAACCGCCAUGCUUCCUUCCGGAUGGCUGCAUUUUGUAUGGACGCCGGAGGAUUCGAUCGUUUUUGGCGGAAAUUUCUUACGAGAAGAAGACUUGGAACGUCAUAUCGAAUUCACAGAACUUGAGAUUCAGUGCCAAGAUCAUGGAACUGCCGGACUCGAUUCCGAAUUCCUCUUCCGGAAGUUCUACCCGCUUCUGUUCGCCUAUCUUCAAUAUGUCGUCCUCCCAGAUAUCGAAGAAUUCCCAUUGGUCCUGGAUGAUGAGAGGUUGACUGCACUCCGAGUUUUCGCGAAGUUGGAAGGAAAACCCCACGAGGAUUGGAUGUCAACAUCCGAACAGAAUCGGAUCGUGGAGUUCUUGAGAAGUGAGAUGGCAAAAGUGGCUAUUGAUGACAAUGGGCCAUCUACCUCCCAAGGCAGACUUUCGCUGGCCAGCUCUUCGGAGCCAACGAAUAAGAAAACCAGAAAUCAUUAA